CAAAAUGUAUGAUCGACCAUGUGGUAAUUAAAGAAAUGAGAUUUUUGAAGAUCUCAGAUAUCCAUGAGAGAAUCUAACGUGAUGAAUACAGUGAAUGAGUUCACUUAACCCACUUGCAACACAUAUAUAAUAUUAUACAAAAAGGAAGAAGCUUCAAUUUCUUUUCCCAUGACGUUCUCUUCCUGACGAAUUCUAUAGCAAUAAUAUUCUUCUUAAUUAUUCUCUUGCGUAUCUCUAUAUAAACACCUUCAAAGCUCCAAGAAAAUUACAGAACCACAAAAUUAAACCAACCUUAUUAUUAUAUAUUGAUUACAUUUCUAGCACUACUCCACUUAUUCUAAAAUGGCUGCUAUUUCCAUGGACCCACGUCUCAACUACUCAUACAAGAACCACCACCAAAAUGGAGCCGCCGUGGAAGAGAUCCAAGGCCUGAUUCGAGUUUCAAAAGACGGCCACGUCGAAAGGCCGGCCAUCAUCCCCACUGUCCCCGCCACAUGGUCACUAAACCAAAACAUUGUCACAUCAAAGGACCUUGUGAUGGACAAACUCACCAACCUAUGGGCGCGCAUUUACGUGCCUACAAGCUCUCCGCCGGGCCAGCUUCAACCUUUGCUCGUCUACUUCCACGGCGGUGGCUUCUGCGUGGGCUCCGCCGCCUGGAGCUGCUACCAUGAGUUCUUGGCAAACCUUUGUACCAAAGCUAACUGCGUCAUCGUCUCCGUGAAUUACCGUUUAGCCCCCGAGAACCGGCUUCCGGCUGCUUACGAGGACGGUUUCAACGCCCUCGUGUGGAUCAAACACCAAGGUCAUAAUAGUUUUAGUACUGAGAACAGGUUCUGGUUAAGCCAAUGUAACAUGUCAAGCCUGUUCUUGGCUGGGGACAGCGCUGGAGCAAGCAUAGCCUACCACGUCGCCACUCGGCUAGCCGCCUCGGACGACGCAGUUUUGAGGCCGUUUCGGCUGAAGGGUGUGAUUCUGAUUCAACCCUUUGUUGGUGGUGAGUUGAGAACAGGGUCGGAGAAGUAUGGCAGUCAAACAGCGAACUCGGCGUUGACUCUCUCUGCUUCCGACACGUAUUGGAGACUGUCGUUGCCUUUGGGUGCGAACCGGGACCACCCUUGGUGCAACCCUGUGAUUAAUAUCAAUGCAGACUCGGCCAAGUUGCGGUUUAAUGUGGCUGUAAUGGUGUGUGUUUCGGAGAUGGAUAUAUUGAGGGACAGAAACUUGGAGCUGUGUAACGCUUUGGCUAGCUCAGGGAAGAAGGUGGAAAUGGUUAUGUAUAAAGGGGUUGGUCAUGCAUUUCAAAUCCUGCAUAACUCUAAUUUUUCUCAACUUCGAACUCAGGAAAUGUUGUCCCAUAUCAAAACUUUUAUCCAUCAAUAAGUAUUAGUUAAUUAAUGUUUUUUUUAUGUUUUAGGGUAUAAAAAUGGUUUAUAGUGAUAUUUAGGAGGCUCACUAUUUAUGUUUAUAUUAGUUAAGUUUAAUUACAGGGCUUUUUUCUAGUAUAAGUAUCACAAAUAUAUGUGGUUGGUAUGUUGUAGUAUAUUAUCAGUCUUUGUUUUUUUUUUUUUUUAAUUAUCUAGAGACAUGGUGAUCGACAUGGUGUAGUUAAAAUGAAAUGAUAUAUAUACAAUUUUAUGAUGAUUUCUUAACCA